AUGCUAGCCAUCAUCAGGCACGGCGGACGGCCGACUUGGCUCGCCGUGCUCGCCGGCAUGGCCAUCGCCGCCACGCUGCUCGGUCCACGACCCGUCGCUGCUGCGCCGCCCGGAUUCUUCUAUGACGAGCUGGGCCAAGCCUUGGGCCGUUUCCAACCGGCCCAUGAGGUGCCGCACGAGCUCCUCGACGCUGCCCCUGCCUCGAGCCUGACCCACCCGACACCUCAGCACUUGCCCUCAAGCUCGUACUCCCUCGGCCUCGACGGCUGGCAUCAGCCUCAAGCCUCGGACCAUUGGCAGGAUGCCCUCGUCUCCUCUGGCCAUUUCCAGCCCGACGCCUACGGCCAGCCGGGUCCACUCCACCACUUCGACGCGUAUGCUGAGCUGGGCAAUCACCCUUCGCUCAUGCCGCACCUCCCUGCGUCUGAGACGUCAUCUCGACCCCACAGCCUCGAAGCGUGGAACAGCGCUGCUCCAUCCUCACCCACCCACCACCAGCAGCAGCCCGAUUCGUGGCGGUACCAGGACGAAGACGUUCAGCCUAGCCAAAUGGCCGCGCACCCCUCCUCCCCGGGCGCAGGCGGUCUGCAAGCACUGGCGGCCGAGCAAGAGAGCUUGGUGCUCCGCGGCAUCGAGCUGCUCGACCACGGCCCGCGCAAAAGCUCGGACAAGUACCAGGUCUCGAUCGCCGGGCGAGAGCUGCGGCAGUGGCUCGAACGGGUCUACACGCUGCGCAACGAACUUGCAGUGUACGAGAGAUGGCACAGUUACCGCAUCGAGGUCGUCGUCGACAGACGACUGCCUGGCAACCUCCUGCGCGAUGCGUCCUUGUCGGCAAAGGUGCGCGGCCACGGAUCGCCCAGUCCCGCUGCCUUUGAACGCAUCUUCGAUCCCCUGAGUCCGUUUCAGGUCGGUCAGCACCAGAUUGUCGCUGUGCGACAUGUACCUGGACCCGUAGGCUUUGACCCGCCCGAGGUCAGGUACACCGUCCUCGCCAUGCCCCUCUCGUCCUGGGAGGGCUCCAUUGCCAUGGGCAGGGUCGUGCUCACCAAGUCUGACGCGUGA